AUGACAAGUAUGGGAAGGGAAUUUCUGCUAUCGAGAAUACAGUAUCGUGAUAUUUAUCGUUCACAGUAUUAUUUGCCGUUAUUGGAAACAGUAAUAAGGGAUAUGGUUUUAUACUUAGAGAAUGUGGGUUGUAUUAAUAUCGACCAUGUCCUUUUUGAUUUAAUACAAACAAUCGCAAAUGAGUUAGAUGAUAUGAUAUUACCGACUGUUGUCUAUGAAAUACAUUCACACAAAGGUCGAUUAAGCGGUGAAACAGCAAUGGAUCGAUAUAAAAAUUUUUUUUUUGAUCAUUCAGCACAAACAUGGGCGUCAACAUCCCGAACUAUUGUAAAAAAACACAAGUUUUUAUUUGAUAUGAUGAAUGGCUAUUGUCAUUCAACAAUUGAUAAUGUUAAAUACUGUUUAAAUUGUUUAAAAAAUGAUAAAACUGAUAUUUAUCAAAAACUGCUAAUUUGUGCUGAAAUCAAUGAACUUUGUAAAGUUACAUUAUCUGGUUCAGAUCGUCACCGAAAUGGUCAAACAGUGUUAUUUUUAUCGUUCAACAAUCAACAAAAGUUAGUUUAUAAGAAUAGUAAUUCAUCAAUUGAUAAAACGUUUGAGUUAUUUAUAAAUAAAUUAAAUUUAUUACCACCUUAUGAUAUAAAAAUUCGAAAUUAUUUAACAAAAGAUGGUUAUACAUGGUAUGAAUAUUUAAAACAUGAAUCAUGUCAAACAGAACAAGAAUUAAAACAUUAUUAUAUAAGAUCAGGUAGUUUAUUAGCUAUUGUUGAUUUAUUAAAUUUUACUGAUGGUCAUUGUCAAAAUUUAUUAGCUUAUGGCCAAUAUCCAAUUCUAUUAGAUUUAGAAACAUUAUAUCAUAAUUUUCAAUGUAAUGGUAGUCAGUCAAAUGAUGAACGAAGUAUUAUUUAUACCGGAUUAAUUGAUAGACAAGAAGAUUAUGAAAAAAAUGAUAGAAAUGAAAGUCGGUCAGCAUUUCAGACGACUGGACUAAUGGUUGAAACAUUUCAACCACUUGUAUUUAAUGAUCAUACAGAUGAAAUUAAACUAUUUUUCGUAAAUACUAAAAAUAGUCCAUUAUCCAUAGAUCAAUGUACCAGUGGUCCACGUUACAUGCUACUACAAAAUUCACCAUGUUUUAACGGUCAAACAUACACAAUUCAUAGCUAUUUAAAUGACUUUAUUCAUGGAUAUAAAUACACAUACAGUCAUAUUGAACAGAGAAAGGACCAAUUACUAGACAAUAGUAAUCAAUUUUGGUUUGAAUUAAAUCAGCUAUUAUCCACCAGACAAAUAAUGCGUUCAACGUUGUUCUAUUCCAUGCUAAUUCGACAUUUACAACAACCACAUUUAGCUUUGUCAAAAGCUAUGGCUCAAGAUUAUUUAUUUAAAUAUCUUUCAAAACAUUCAUCAAAUGUAAAUCCAAAUAUAUUAGAAUAUGAAAUAAAUGAAUUGUUAAAAUUAAAUAUACCAUAUUUUACUCAACAACCUAAUAGUCAACAAUUAUUUGACGGUAAUGGACAAAUGUUUGAAAAGUUUUUUAUUUCCUCAUCAAUAGAACAAAUACGUUCAAAUAUCCAAAAUAUGAAUGAGAGAUACUGUUUAAGACAAAUUGAAAUACUAUGUGAUGCUUCAAAACAAACUAUGACUAAAUCUGGUAGUAAAUGUUAUGUUUGUUUAACAGCAGCAACGGAAUAUUGA